AUGUUUAGGCGAGUGCAGAAGGCAAUGGGAGACAUAUUUUCUUUUACAGAUGAUUCAAAAAAAGAAAUAUUAAAUGCUGCAGCAGAAUCCGAUUUGCUGCGCGAUGAGGUGUACGUACAGAUUAUCAAGCAACUGAGACAAAAUACUAACUUCAAUAGCAUUAUUAAGGGCUUUCUUCUUCUUGCUGCUCUAUGCGAAGCCUCUCCCCCUUCUCCGCAACUGCUUCCUUAUGUUAGACAUAUGCUGGAGCUGCAUGCAACGCAGCAGCAGCAGCAACAACAACAACAACAGCCGCUGCUCUUGCUGCUGCAGCCACCAACAGCAACAGCAGCAGCAACAACAACAACAAACCCAGUAGCAGCCGCAGCAACAGUUAGACAACUCACGCCCCGCGAACGCGAAGUGCAGCAAAUAUGCAGCAAGGCUCUACAAGCGCUGGAGAGACACACAAAAGAAAUAGCUACAACUGAAGAAAGAAAUGAUAAAGAUAUUUCUUCUUCCGAUGAAGAAAAACAAACAAAAUCUUCUUUCGAUGUCCAGGUGUACUUGGAAGGAGGCUCGCAGCAAAGGGUCUGUUUGGGGCUGCACGCAAAUGCAGAGGCGCUCAGAGAUGCAGUUUGUCAUUCUUUAGGAUUGCCAGACCCAGAAGAAUGGGCCAAGCAGAGAAAAGCUGCCUCAGCAUCAUUAUCAGCAUCAGCAGCAGCAGAAAGAAAAGCAGUAGCAGCAGCAGCUGCAAUAACAGCAGCAACAGCAGCAGUUGCAAUAACAGCAGCAUCAGCAACAGCAGCAGCUGCAGGGACAACAGCAGCAGCAGCAGCAGAGUGUCUGGCGUGCUUGGUUGUGCGUGCAGGAGAUGAAGCCCUGCUGCCUUUGAUUCAGAACAAAAGCAACAGACAGGUGCAGAGGAUCUACUAA